AUGGUCGCUUUCUCGACGCUCUCGGGCCUCAGUGCCCUUCCCCUCCUGCUCUCUCUGGUCCAGCAGGCCAGCGGUGUCUCUUUGGAGGUCUCCAAGAAUGGAGGCAACUCGUCCAGCUCGCUGCUCUACGGGUUUAUGUUUGAGGACAUCAACCAUUCCGGCGACGGCGGUAUCUAUGGCCAAAUGCUGCGCAACAAUGGUCUGCAGGGAUCCAACCCGGACCUCACUGCCUGGCGCUCUGUCGGAGCUGGCUCGAUAGCCGUGGACUCGGACAACCCUCUCACCACGGCCAUUCCGCAUACCCUGCGUCUCGACGUCGAGAAGGGCGCCAGUGGUCAAGUCGGGUUCUCCAACGAAGGCUACUGGGGUAUUCCUGUGGACGGAUCCGAGUUCACGAGCGCGUUCUGGAUCAAGGGCAAGUUCUCCGGCGACAUCACCGUCCGUCUGGUUGGAAACUCUACCGGGACGGAGUAUGCGUCGAAGACGUUCUCCCAGGAGUCCAAGGAGGAUGAUUUCACCAAGGCCACGGUCAAGUUUCCCACUGAGAAGGCGCCCGACGGUGCGGUGGUUUAUGAGAUUACGGUCGAUGGCAGCGAGGUGCAGGGAUCUUCGCUGAACUUUGGAUUUGUGGAGCUGUUCCCGGAGACAUACAAGUCGCGGGCAAAUGGAUUGCGGCCUCAGCUGGCCAAGUCUUUGGACGCUGUCAAGGGAUCUUUCCUUCGCUUCCCGGGUGGUAACAACCUUGAGGGCGAUGAUGAAACAUUGCGCUGGAAGUGGAAUGAAACCGUCGGUCCGGUUGAGGAACGCCCUGGUCACCUGGGAACGUGGACCUACUACAACACCGAUGGACUUGGCCUCGAUGAAUACUUCUACUGGUGCGAGGAUCUGGGUCUCACGCCCAUCCUGGAUGUGUAUGCCGGCUUCUCGCUGGGGUCUGGCGGCAACACCCCGUUCACCGGCGAUGCCUUGAAGCCGUAUAUUGACGAGGUUUUGAACGAGCUCGAAUACGUUCUCGGCGACUCCAGCACCACGUACGGCGGUCAACGCGCUGCCAACGGCCGUAAAGAGCCUUGGGACGUCAAGAUCGUCGAAAUCGGCAACGAGGACAACCUUGGCGGCGGCUGCGAAUCCUACGCCGAGCGCUUCACGGCCUACUACGAUGCCAUCCACAAAGCCUACCCCGACCUGACUCUCAUCGCCAGCACCGACAACUCCUCCUGCCUGCCCAAGGACCUCCCCGAAGGCGUCUGGGUGGACUGGCACACGUACGACACGCCCGAAGGCCUGGUCGGCAACUUCGACAAGUUCGACAACCACGACCGCUCGGUGCCCUACUUCAUCGGCGAGUACUCGCGCCAGGAGGGCGACUGGCCUGACAUGGAGGGCGCCGUGUCGGAGGCGGUGUUCAUGAUCGGACUGGAGCGAAACAGCGACGUCGUCAAGAUGGCCGCCUACGCUCCUCUUCUGCAGCUGGUCAACUCGACUCAGUGGACGCCCAACCUCAUCCCCUUCACGCAAUCCCCCGAGAUGUACCACGAGACGACCAGCUACUUCGUGCAGCAAAUGUUCUCCGUCAACCGCGGCGACACCAUCAAGGAAGUCAAGUCCGACUCGGCCUUCGGGCCCGUGUACUGGGUGGCCUCGAGCGCGGACGAAUCGUACUACGUGAAGCUGGCCAAUUUCGGCGCGGACACCCAGGACGUCAGCGUGUCGAUCGACGGACUGACCAGCGGCAAAUUGACCGUCGUGGCGGACGACGAUCCGGAGGCGUAUAACUCGGACGCGCAGACCCUGGUCACGCCGUCGCAGAAGGAUGUGCAGGCUGAGGACGGGAAGUUUUCGUUUACGCUGCCUGCGUGGUCGGUUGCUGUUUUGGCUGCUAAUUAG